AUGGCAGAACACGUUGCGCUGUACAUCCUUUCUGGCUCGAGCUCGUCUGGCUCUGCCGUUAUGGAGAACAUCCGGGCGAGCGACUUUAUCGACGAGAUCAACAGCGGCGAAGGUCCGCGCGAGGAGUGCGGCCUGUACAGCCUCAUCCAGCUCGUCCAACCUUCCGACUCGGUCACGUUCAAAGACGAAAAGGACGUGCUCGAUUUCCAUGCUAAGCUCGUCAAGGGCGACGCAAAGGCCAGCGUCGACGGCGCAGAGGCUACGUGGAAUGCAAGCUGCGUGCUCAUUGCCGACAAGGACGACAACGACCUGGUCCUUAUCCUCGAGCUGGAGGAUGGGAAGGUCGGUCAGAGGUUGAAGGCAAAAGCAAAAUCAUCGGUAGAAGUCGCCUCAAAUGUCUCGAUCUCAAACAUGUCGCUGGACGAGUACAAGGACAUGUGCGGCAAUGCCGAGAUCUACGACGCUGGACAGUAA